CUUGAGAUCAGCUUUUUGUAUAGCUGCAGCCAUCAAUCGUUGCGGCAAGCAUCAAUCGUAUAGCUGCAAGCCAUCAAUCGUCGCAUUGCUGCGCCGCUUGUGCUUGCUUCGCCUGCACUCACAGCUCGCCGCUGCAUCAAUCCAUUGCACACAAGCGCAAUCCUGCGAUGUCGCGAUUCCUGCUCGCCCUCAUGCUCUCCGCGACGACGGCGCUGCGCGUCGUCACGCGCCGCACGCUCACGCCGCGCCGUGCUGCAAUGACCAUGAAGGAGGGCGCGACGACGGUGGUCGUCACGGGCGCGUCCAGAGGCAUCGGCGCGGCCAUCGCCAAGGAUUUAGGAGCGCAGGGCUGCAACGUCGUCGUCAACUACGCGGCGUCCGAGGGACCGGCCCUGGAAGUUGUGGAAGCCAUCAAGGCUUCGGGCGGCGACGCCAUUGCCAUAAAAGCGAACAUGGCGGAGUUGGACGACAUCAAGGCCAUGUUCAAACAAGUAGCGUCCGAGUUCGGGGGCUGUGAUGUGCUGGUGAACAACGCGGGCAUCACUAAAGAUGGGUUGGCCAUGCGCAUGAAGCCGACGCAGUGGCAGGACGUGAUUGACGUCAAUUUGAGCGGCGUCUUCUACUGCUCGCAGCAGGCCUUCAACCAGAUGGCGAAGAAGCGCAAGGGCCGCAUCAUCAACAUGUCGUCGGUCGUCGGGUUGUUCGGCAACCCGGGCCAGGCGAACUACGCGUCGGCCAAAGGUGGAGUGUGCGGCCUGACCAUGUCGAACGCCAAGGAGUUCGCCGCUCGGGGCGUCACCGUGAAUGCGGUCUGCCCCGGAUUUAUUGGUACGGAGAUGGCCAACGAGUUAGGAGAGGACAUGCUCGAGAAGGUCAAGAGCGCGAUCCCGCUGGGGCGCCUGGGCGCCGCCGAGGAGGUCGCUGGUUUAGUGAGAUACCUCGCGCUCGACGAGUCGGCGGGCUACAUCACGGGCCACUCGCUGACCAUCGACGGCGGCAUCGCGAUCGGCGCGGGCUUCUAGGCUGGUUCUCGGGUAAGGGCGCGUUAAGAUCCUCUUCGUCGGCGG